GUGGGCAGGGGAAAGGGUGGGAGGGUACAGAUCUAUAUGUCAGGGUUAACUAACAUUAGCAAGCCAUUUUGUUGCACCUUUUUGCUCAACUUCAUUGAUGAUGGAGGCAACAUUUGUCUUGUUCUGUCUUUUGGGAGCUGCUGCCAAUGUUGGGAGUACUUCUAAAAUAAAACUGGAUGUAGAACUUCCUGGCUUACGGCUCACUGUCUCGAACGAUGCCACAUUCCGGUGCUGUUACAUCUCCCAGUCACCUGUGAAUGUUACCUGGCUACGAAAUGUCAUGGAUUCUUUUAACACGAGUGUAAUAGUACCUGUAAACGACACAGAUCCACGAGUGGAAAUUCGCAGUCAGAAGGCGACGGACUCAAAGUCAGAUUGUUCGUAUCUGACUCUAACCGAAGUUGUUCUGAAUGAUACAGGCCUGUAUCAAUGCAUUCUAAGGCAUCCAGACAACACCAGCAUCAUUACACCCGGCACCUAUUUACAAGUAUACGCCCCCAUACAGAUGAACCUGUCCAUCAGUGAGGAGAGUAAGAACAGCAUCAUCACUAUUCAAGGGGUUCUUCUGCUGCUGUUUUUGCUGAUUCCUGGCACCUUCAUCAUCUGCAAGUCAAAGGGCUUAAAUGAGCUGGAGAAAAGAAACAACAAAGAGGAAGAAAAUAUAUAUGAGGGUCUAAACCUAGAUGAUUGCAAUUCCACAUAUCAUCAAAUUCAGCGCUCUCUCGUCCAAGGACCGUACCAGGAUGUGCUCAAUAACGAUGAAGACGACAUUCAGCUGGAGAAGCCCUAAAUGUGUGGCUGUGAAGCGCCAGGAUCCAUGCCAUACAAACACAGUGCAGCUCUAUUACUAAUGUUUGCCUUGUAGGUAUAAACUAGAGGUGUAACUUAAUAUGACUGUUAUUCUGAUAGAACAGAUAAUGCAUCCUAAAUGAAUACAGACAUGAAAUAUGGGUGAAGUAUUCACUUUUUCUAGAAAGCUUGCCAGCUUCAAGUAUUGAGAUUGUGAGGUUUUUGCUUUUAAUGUUGAGCUUUAAAGGUCAUGUGGAGGGUUGCCAAGUUUGAGCAAAGUUCUCAACCCAAUUCAGAAACCACACAAAAAAACCCAAGACUUGCAGUAUAAAUUGAUCAGCUAUAACAUUCAAACCCAGUGAGAUGUAAAGUCAAUAACAACCCACACAUUAUUAUUGUUCUGAGCUACUCGAUCAGACUGAGAUUUUUGGAGUUUGGAGGCAACAACUUUACAAACAAGUUCAAUCCACGGCGAUCGCAAUUAGCAUCCUACUGGUCUUAAAGGAUCUGCUGCUAACGUCUUGGUGACAGGUAGCACAGCACACCUUUAGAGGUCUUGUGGAGUCCAUACUACGAGGGGUCCAAGCUAUUUCGGUGGCACGAGGGGACCUACACAAUUUUAGGCAUGUGGUUUCAAAGUUAUGGCUGAUUGGUGUAUAUCUACAAUAUGCAGAUAUUAUACGCACCUGGCAACCCUGCUCACAAAAAAAACCCCAGCAGGUUCACUUACACGAUGAUCCUAGUGGGAGAUAAACUGUUUCUUUUUAGCUUGACUGCUUUACUGAGUGCUAAAAUAAAACCACAUUUUGACCAUAUUUCUGUACAAACAAAAGGAGUAUGCUUUUAUAUAUUCAUACGCCGCUCCAUAUAGCUCAUUAUAAUAAAAUGGCGCAUAAAGGA